UUUCCCAUCAGUCUUCCAGUGUUCCACAUAAAAACCAGCUGGAGCAAUAGUCACAUGACUUUGCCACAGCCUAUACAAAUUUCAAAGCCAACAGCAACAAAUUUAAAGUAUACAAAAUUAUAAUCGUAAUGGAGAAGAUGAAUGCGUGGUUCGGUAUUGCACCCCCCUGCAGGUUGCGGAUUUCCAUUGAGGACUUGGGCCUGUCCAAUCGCCACACUGACUGCAGCUUCAUUAUCCAAACAGCCACCGAACGCAGGGUCUUCCUUUGCCACAAACUAAUAUUCUGCUGUGCCUCGGAGGCUUUCGAUAGAAUGCUCUAUGGCGACUUCAAAGAGUCGACCACUGGCGAGGUAAUGCUGAAGGACGUGGAGCCGGAUAUAUUUGAGAAGUUCCGUGGCUAUUUAUACGGCUACCAAUCGGAGAAACUGGAGGACUACGGCACCGACACCCUGAUCAAGCUGUGCGUCUUUGGCAACAAGUUUCUGGUGGAGUCCAUCAAGGAGGACUGUGUGAAGGAGAUGACGAAUCGGAGGUGCCGUCUGGGCAUGAGCGAUCUGAUGCUGCUCUUUCAGUGCGCCCACACACUCAACAUUAAGUCGAUUACUAAACGCGUCGUCUCGAAAAUCAGUCCCUUCCUCAAAGAGCCGUUCAACCAAUCUGUGGUCUUCGAUUUCGACAGGGAAGUGUUCAAGAGCUACAUCGAAACUAUCGACAUGAAGCUGCUGGAGGCGGAUCGUUUUAUUCUAAUUGAAACGUACCUCAAGCACAAUGGCCUGGAUACUCCGUCUGCAGCGGUCGCUGCACCGACUGCCAUCGAUGCCAUAGAGGAGGAGAUUCAGGAAAAUAACAGGGAAUACAUUUCGCAGCUCUUGGGAUUGAUUAAAUUCAGGAGAUUCACGCCCAAGCAGUUCUACGAGGGACCUGGCAAAAGCAGCCUACUCACCACCCAGCAAAAGUACGAGCAUCUAUAUACGAUAGCCAAUGAAUGUGCCAGGGCCAAGGACGUGGUGAAGAGCACGAGCGUGGAGACUUUGGCCACGGCUAGUCUGAUAUCUGAGCUGACUAGUUUCCCCUACUACAGGGCCGCUCAUUGUCAUUGUCGUAGCACUCAUUUCCCCUUUUCAGCCGAUUUGUCGGAAUGAUCUUUCAAAGUUUUUGGAUAUAAAAAUAUAUAAUUUCGAA